UACUAUUGUUGUUUUCUGCUUUUUCAGCGCGGUGCGGUGUCUGUGUGCGUGCGUGCGUGUGCGUGCGUCCCCAACACAUGUGUAUGUGUGUGCGUGUGCUUUUCUUUAUAUUUUUUUUAAUAAUAUUUCUCACUGAGCUGCGUUAAAACGAACCCAAAGAAAGUAAAAAGCAAUCGCGAAUUGCGCCUGAGAAUAUUUCACCUUACAAAAUUUCCCAUUCCAAAAUCGCAAAAGUGACUGCAGCAAAGGCAGCAACAAAACGCAGUGGCAGCGACGUCGGCAGAGCAACAACAACAACAAUCUAGGUGGUGCAGAAGAGAGUGAAAGAGAGAGGGAAAUAUAUUCGACAUCCCAUAUAAACAAAUCAUUUAAAACUUGAAAACAAUGAACAAUCGCUUAAAAUACUUUACUGCAGACCCAAACCUUUUUUUUUUGGUUUAACCAUGGAAUAUUGAUUUCCAAAAAACAAAGAGCAUUCUGAAAAACAGUGAAAACUAGUAAAAAGAAAAAAGUGAAAAUGACGGAGUAUGUGGAGCUAUUAAAUAGUAUGUCCAGUACUUUUAAUAGCGAUUGUGCUACUUCAACUGCGGAAGGCGGUACUCUUCUAAAUUUGGAUUUGGCGGAGGAUAAAACCCUCAAAUGGCGGAAUUUGGCCAACAAUCAGUUUGCCUGCAAGGACAAAAAGCACAAGGAUAGUAAAGAGGAGGAAAGAAAGAAGGCCACGAAUUUAGAGGAAAUCGAGGAUAUUAAGGGUCUUUUGGCGGAUGUUGUGGAUGCGGCAGCUGUCAAGCUGGAAGAAGAAGAGGCAGCGGCAGAAAAAGCUAAAGAAACUGCAGAAAAUGCUGAAAAACAAGAAGAAAAUGCAGAAACAGUAAAAGAGAACGCAAAAGACGAAGCUAAGGAGCAACUGGAGCAGCAGGAAGAAGAAGAGCCAAAAGCCUUGGAAGAAGAAGACGAAAAGGAGGUAGAAGAGCAAGCAGUGCAGGCCAUAACGGUAAAGCUGGAAAGUACCGAGCAGGCAGAGAAAAGUGCAGUAGCAGCAGAGGCAGCAGCAACGUCGGCGUCAACGCCGGCAGCGGACGUGCAGAGGGAAAACAUUAAGACUGAGCAGCAAAAAAAAGAAGCAGCGUCGGAAGAAGAAGCAGCAGCUGCAAAACAGGAAGCAAAUGCAGAAUUACCCGUAAUAACAAAAGGAACACCAACAACAACAACAACAACAACAACACUGGAAACGGCAACAGCAUCUCCACUUGUUGUCAAUUCUGCCGACGUCGACGUCGCUGCUGACGCAACAAAUUCAAAUUCGAAUGUGAACACCGAGCUUCGGGCGGCGACGCCGGCAGAGAUAUCGGCAGCGGCAGCAGCUGAUAAAAUGUAAGUACAUAUGUAUGUAUGUGUG